AUGCAAAAAUACUAUGCCGUACAGGCGGGCUUUGUCCCCGGCGUGUACCUGACAUACUCGGAAUGUCAAGCGCAGACGGCUGGCUUCAAGGGCGCUAUUUUCAAAUCCUUCAUUUCUAGAGACGAUGCCGAAGCGUUUGCCGCUGGGAAAAAAGUUGCUGUGGCCGAUGAGCCCGCGAAAUUCUAUGCCGUCGCAGUCGGCAACCCCACGGGCAUCUUUACAGACUGGUCCGAAGCUUCAAAGUCCAUAACCGGCAUCAAGGGCCCCAAGUACAAGCGCUUUGGAACCCGCGCAGAGGCCGUCGCAUACAUCCGACAAUAUGGUAAUCGAGAGGCGAUAGAGGCUUUGGGAGAGAAGGUGGUGGAGCCGGUGAAGAAGGUCGAGGUUGAAGAAGAGCCUGUCACCAUUAAAAAGUUUACUCCCAUCCAGGAGGUGGCCACGAAAAAGCCCGCAGAAGACGUUCUCGACGUAUGGACAGAUGGAAGUAGUCUGGCCAAUGGCACAGCCGGCUCCCGCGCCGGUUUAGGCGUCUACUUUGGAGACAAGGAUCCUCGCAACCUGGCGGAAAGACUACCUGGCGAGCCACAAACGAACCAGCGAGCGGAACUCAUGGCCAUGCAGCGCGCCCUGGAGAUUGCGCCGUUGGAGCAGCAUGUCCGGAUUCACAGCGAUAGCCAGUAUUCGAUCAAAUGUGUGACUGAAUGGGCGGUCGGGUGGAAGCGAAAGAAUUGGCUGACGGCCAACGGCGAAAAGGUAAAGAAUCAGGACAUUAUACGGGCCGUCCUCGACAAGAUAGAUGAGCGAAACAAGGCGGGUGGCCGAACCUACUUCCAAUGGGUAAAGGGCCAUGCCACAAAUGUUGGCAACAUUGCUGCAGACCGGUUGGCCGUUAGAGGCGCCAAUCUUCCCUGA